AUGGAUGGCUGUCAUUCUCUGAAACUUUUGUUGUUGUGGUUGGGAGUCAACACUUUUCUCUUUGUCCACACUUUUUUCCUGUAUGAACAAGAAGAAGCAUAUACUUAUACCCGUGCAAUGCUUGGAUCAGCAUUGGCUUGGUCAAGAGCAUCUGCGAUGUGUCUCAACUUCAACUGUCUCCUGAUUCUACUGCCGGUCAGUCGAAAUCUGAUUUCACUUUUGAGAGGAUCGUGUGGUUGUUGUCGAAGCAAUAUCAGAAGACAGUUGGAUAAAAACAUCAGAUUUCAUCAGAUUGUUGCAUACAUGAUAAUCUUGCAUACAGUUAUUCAUGUAAUUGCACAUCUGUUCAAUAUUGAACGAUACCACGCAAGUUAUUCGCCUGUUGCCAAAGACUUGCUGAUCAGGCUUUCCAGCAUUGGGAAGAACUCCAGUGAAAGCUACCUCAACCCCAUCAGAACGUAUGAUACGAACCCAGUGAAAGAGCUAUUAAGUAGUGCAGCUGGAGUGACUGGCAUCAUUAUUACUGUGGCUUUCAUUCUGAUGGUGACUUCUUCCACGUGGGUUAUUGUGAAGUCAUUUUAUGAGGUGUUUUGGUUCACUCAUCAUCUCUUCAUUAUAUUCUUUAUUGGUCUCAUCAUUCAUGGGUUUGGCCGUAUUGUUCGAGGACAAACCAGUCAGAGUCUUCAGGAGCACAAUGUUACUUACUGCAAAGAUCAUUACGAUGAAUGGGGAGACAUCCCAGAAUGCCCAUUACCACAGUUUGCUGGAAAUGAACCAGUAACCUGGAAAUGGGUUUUGGGUCCUGUUUUUCUUUACAUUUGUGAAAGAUUGAUUCGGUAUUGCAGAUCUCUGCAAAAAGUUGUGAUUACAAAGGUGAUUGUACAUCCCUCCAGAGUACUUGAACUUCAAAUGAAAAAGCAAGGCUUUAAAAUGAAACCCGGUCAAUACAUCUUCCUGCACUGUCCUUCAAUAUCUCGUUAUGAAUGGCAUCCAUUCACAUUAACCUCUGCCUCUGAAGAAGACCACUUUAGCAUUCAUAUGAGAGCCCUGGGAGACUGGACAAGUGCUCUGUUUGAGGCCUGGGAAGAAAACACAGAAGAUGCUAAAGAAACUCAUCAGGUCAGAAUUGCAGUUGAUGGUCCUUUUGGAACUGCCUGUAUAGAUGUAUUCUAUUAUGAAGUUAGUGUGUUGAUUGCUACAGGAAUUGGAGUGACCCCUUUUGUUUCUGUGUUGAAAUCUAUUUGGUAUAAGUACAGCCAAACCGCAACAACAAUGAAAGUAAAGCGGGUUUACUUCUAUUGGAUAUGCCGGGAUACCCAUUCUUUUGAAUGGUUUGCUGAUCUCUUGCAAUCCCUGGAAGUACAGUUGAUGGAGAAAGGAAGGAGUCAUUUUUUGAGUUAUCACAUUUUCCUCACUGGCUGGGAUGAAUACCAGGCUGCUCAUAUCGCCUUGCAUUAUGAAGAAAACAAAGAUGUUAUCACUGGGCUGAAACAAAAGACUUUUUACGGGAGGCCAAAUUGGAACAACGAGUUCAAACGCAUAGCUGAUGAUCACCCUGGGGCCAACAUUGGCGUGUUCUUCUGUGGACCCAAUGACCUCUCGCAUGUUCUUCACACAAUGUGCAAUUUUUAUUCAUCUGCUAAUCCCCAAGGUGUUCAGUUCCACUACAACAAAGAGGAUCUCUAA